UUCAUGAUUCUCGACUACUGUCAUGUGAUUUCAUGCUCUUUUGCGCUGUAGCCCUAACCACGGACUGACGAUCUACACUUUACUUUGACUGCUGCUGUGUUUUUUCUGUACACCUGCCAUGGAGAGCUAUAAGAACUUGCUCCUUCUCAUUGUUUUGGGCUGUGGUGUCUUACAGUCUUGUGCAAUGAGGGCCGAAGUUUAUGAUAACAAUAAUGAAACAUGCCUAUAUGCUGAUAUGGAACUUCAGUUCACCAUUAAAUAUGAGACAAGUGACAAGAACAUGUCAACUUCAAGCUUUCUGUUGCCAAGCAAUGUGUCAACUACUGGAAGCACCUGUGGGGAUAAUACGACUGCACCUUUGUUAAAACUUGAUUUUGGCGAUGGCCAUUCUUUUACAGUGAACUUUACGCAUAAUCAAACUGUUUACCAUGUAGAUGUUAUAACCUUUGUCUACAAUACCAAUGACAGUUUGAUAUUUCCAAAUGCAUCUGCAAAAGGUGUUUUUACGGUUGCGUCUAAAGUAACUAUGCCAGAUUUACCAAUGGACGACUACUACAAAUGUGUAAAUCCUGAAUUUCUUAUCAUAAAUAAUGUAACAAUGAAAUUUUCCAAUGUCAGCGUUCAAGCCUACAUAAAGGAUGGAAAUGUGAGCAAGCAAGCAUUUGAAUGUGAUGCAGACACCCCUACAACUCUUGCUCCAAAUGUUACCACCCAUGCACCAAAUGUUACCACCCAUGCUCCAAAUGUCACAACCGGUGCACCUAUUACUACUCCAGUUCCUACUCCAAUUCCAAAGCCUGAAACGGGUAAUUAUUUGGUGAAGACUGGUAACGUUACAUGUCUCCUAGCUGACAUGGGUCUUCAGCUAAAUUUCAGCACUACCAAGAAUCAGAGUGGCUGGAAAGUUAUAAAUAUUGUUCCAAAUGAUACCUUGACAUCCGGGACAUGUGGCAUUGAUACUUCUUCAUUAAAACUGCAAGAAAACCAGAUGAUGGUUGAGUUGGUCUUUGCUGUGAAAAACUCAACAAAAUUUUACCUGAAUGGAGUAAAUGUUUCUAUUUCUGGUCAGUUUGCUGACAGUAAUAACAGUUUGGAAUAUUGGGAGGCUUCCAUUGGAAGUUCAUACAUGUGUAACAAAAAUCAGAAUUUUAAAAUCACAGACAACCUUUUUCUCACCACACUUGAUUUAAGAGUACAGCCAUUCAAUGUGACAGACAACAAAUUCUCAACAGCCCAGCAGUGUCCACUAGACGAUAACAGCCUUCUAAUUCCAAUCAUAGUUGGAGCUGCCCUGGCAGGAUUGAUUCUCAUUGUUGUGAUUGCUUAUGUGAUCGGUCGAAGAAAGACUUACGUCGGAUAUCAGACACUAUAAAGCGAUUUUCUGCCCAUCCCCCAAAAUUGGCACAAUGUUUCUCUUUCAAAAAUUUUAAAUAAAUUACUUUUGUGAGUCAAGUGCAGGUUCUUUUUAGCAUAGUUCUGUUCUUUUCAUUAUGUACAUUUUAAUACAUGUAGCCAGGCUACCAUAAGGUGCUUUGCAAGCAACUGUUGGCCAUCUUUGUGCCAGUAUCAUCUGACCACCAAAUGAAGGCGGUAAUAUCACUUAAGUUCUUUUGAGUUAAUAGAACCUGAUCUUGUGUUUCUGACUAUCUCUGAAUGUAUUGGUGUUUUAUGCUAACUUUCUGUUACAUUUAUUUCCUUAGUAAUGGUUGUAAGUAACAAAGGUUUUGUCACAUGUAUCAUUAAUUUGUCUGUAUUUUAUGAUGCUGUUAUUUAAUUAAAAAUGGUUAAGUGUGUUUAAGAACAGUUUACAUCUGCCCAGUUGUUUGGUACCCAUCUCAAAUAAUUAGUUCACAGCACACACUUUGUAAAUAAACAGGCACUGAAAAUAUGUUUUUGAUGAUCCUUAAGUUUUUAAAUUACAGAUUAUAAUGCAUAUUAACGAUUUGCAUUGGAAAUGGUGUAAUUUAAAACAGGUUUACCAAGCUGAAUCUUUGCUUAUACAUGACCUGUUUGUGAAUUAUUUUGUAGUAUUUUGAUUUAAAAUGAACCUGCACUUGCCUCCAUUACUUUGCAUUCCUUUGAUUUUAUUCUUAAAUUUGUUCUUCAUAAUUUCCUCCAAUGAACAUCAGAGACUCUUUUUUUUUUUGGGCAUAUCUGCAUGAUGUUUUAAUUGUGUUCUCCCGGUUCCAGUACCUACAUUUUCUGAUUAUAAUUAUUUGUGGGUGGUAGAGCUGGUAGCAGUCUUGAAAGUGAGGAUCUUCCAUAGAUUUUGGAAGGAAAAAAAAACUGUGGAAGAUGUAUAGUUGCUACAUAUCUUAAUAAAUAUCUUAAUAAAUUAACACGGGGAAAAUCAGACUAAAGUAAUGCCCUUGAACUGAGUUUUUUGUUUUUUUCUUUAGUGCAGUCAGGCAUGCAACCCACUCUCAUGUAAAGUUGAUUAAAUGCAAAUUUCUUUCGAUAUACUCAGAUAAGAUUGCCUGCUGCUUAUCCAAGUUGCAUAUUGUACUUAAUAAAAUAUAAUGUAGUGGUAAUUUUAACAGGAAAAAAAUGUUGCAUUUUAAAAUAAGAUAAUUACAUAACACUAUACAGGUGUAUAUUAUUACAGAUUAUAACACCUUUUGCCACUUAGAUAUAAAAAAAAGUUAAGUUAAUGUAGCUCUCCUGAAUAAACAUACAUUACCAAAAUAGUACAUGUUUAGAUGUAAUCUUUGAUAUCUGAGUGCCUUGUUUGUUUUUGAUGAAAAGAGACCAUUCACUUUUGUGUAUUUUUUUAAUAUAUUUACUCCUUUAUCUGUUUGCACUUUGCGUUGACAAGCUUGGUAUAAAUUUUAUUUAUUAUAAACGAUUAUUGUAGUAUUUUGCUAAUUUGGAAGCUCAGGAUUUUUUUUUAACAUUUGUCCCCAUGUAUAUAGUUACAUGCAACCUUAAUUGUCCACUUUUUCAAAAGAGUUGGUUGUAAAAAUGAAAAUCUGUAAACGCAAAUAUACAAGUUUGUGACUCUUGGUGCAUGUUUAUGAAUUCAAAUACCUUUUAGUACCCCACUGGAUAAAAAUGUAACUCCUAACAAACACUUUUG